ACUUCUCAACUUUUCGUGAGCGCAUUCAAUGUGAUCGAACAUUCUAGUGGAUUUUUGUUAUUUUCCUCGUGUUGGAAGUAUCUUGUGUUGUAAAGUUUUCCGAUAUUAGUGUAUUGUUCUAACUGUGAAAGCAUGAGUGACAAAGAAAAGGCUAAUUUACUUAAAGAUCAAGGCAAUUCUGCUCUAAAUGCAGGGAAUUUUGAAGAUGCUAUCAAACAUUAUUCAGAAGCUAUCAAGCUUGAUCCAUCUAAUCAUGUUUUAUACAGCAAUCGCAGUGCUGCUUAUUGCAAAGCAGGAAAGUACACAGAUGCUUUACAAGAUGCCGAGAAAACUGUAGCAUUGAAAUCUGACUGGGCAAAGGGUUAUUCUAGGAAAGGUGCUGCCCUUGCAUAUUUGAAGCGAUAUGAUGAUGCUUUAAAUGCAUACAAAGAGGGUUUAAAGUAUGACCCAAAUAACCUACAGUUAAAAGAAGGUAUCAAAGAAGUUCAAUCUCAGAUGUCAGGAGGUCGAUUUGAUGGAGGUUUCCCCAAUCCAUUUUCUGGACCAGGCAUUAUGGAAAAAUUAAGAAAUGAUCAUCGCACUAGAGAGUUUUUAAAUGAUCCAAGUUAUUUAAAGUUACUAUCUGACUUGCAGCAGAAUCCACAAAGCAUGAUUGAAAAGUUGAAAGACCCAAGGGUAAUGACAACGCUGAGCGUUUUGUUAGGCAUCGACUUGAGCGGUGCUGCUGGUGCUGACGAUGAUGAUGAUGUUGAAAUGGAGCCUUCUAAGACAGAACCUCCAAAACCAAAAGAAGAACCUAUGGAUAUAGAAUUAUCACCUGAAAAGAAACAGGCAAUUGAAGAAAAAGAUAAAGGGAAUGAAUUUUAUAAGCAAAAGAAAUUUGAAGAAGCUAUAGCGCAAUAUGAUAAAGCAAUUGAACUAGAUCCUACGGAAAUGACAUUUUUAACGAAUAAAGCAGCUGUAUAUUUUGAGCAGAAGGAUUUUGAAACUUGUGUUAAAGAAUGUGAAAAGGCUAUAGAAGUUGGUCGGGAGAAUCGGGCAGAUUUCAAAAAACUUGCAAAGGCAUAUUCAAGAAUGGCUGCCGCAUAUAUGAAGCUGAAGGAUUACUAUAAGGCUAGGACGUACUACCAGAAAUCUCUGACAGAGCAUAGAACACCUGAUACACUUGCAAAAUUAUCUGAAGUUGAAAAAAUCAUCAAAGAAGAGGAAAAGAAAGCAUAUAUUGACCCAGAAAAAGCAUUAGAAGAGAAGAAUGCUGGAAAAGAAUGUUUCCAAAAGGGUGAUUAUCCAGGUGCAAUGAAGCAUUACACUGAAGCAAUUAGACGAAAUCCUGAUGAUGCUAUUUUGUAUAGUAAUAGGGCUGCUUGUUAUCAAAAAUUAGCAGAAUUUCCUUUGGCAUUAAAAGACUGUGAAACAUGUAUAAAAUUGGAUCCAAAUUUUGUUCGAGGUCAUAUUAGGAAAGGAAUGGCUUUAAUGGCUUUGAAAGAGCAUGCUAAAGCUUCAGCUGCAUUUCAAAAAGCUUUAGAGCUUGACCCUAAUAAUCAAGAAGCUCUUGAUGGUUAUAGGAAAUGUAUAACUGCAAAUAGUAGUAAUCCCGAAGAAGUGCGUAAACAAGCUAUGUCUGAUCCUGAAGUUCAGAAAAUAUUAGGAGAUCCUGCUAUGCGCCUAAUUUUAGAACAAAUGCAGAAUGAUCCUAGAGCGCUUCAAGAACAUCUGAAGAAUCCUGAUAUAGCUGCAAAAAUACAAAAACUACUUGAAUCUGGACUUAUAGCCAUCCGUUAACAAUGUCACUAGUGGCCUAGUCAUUCCGACUUUUAUUUCCAUUGCAGAGACAUCAAAGUGUUUCUUUGCUGCUAAGCUGUCAUAAUUCUUCAUUAUCAUUUCAUGUAAUGAUUAUGAAAAGAAGAUUGCACUAAAUAUUUUCUUUAAAUAAAAGUUGCAGUAUCAUUAAUUGUAUAAUAUUCAAGCCAAACUGCAAAUAAAUAUUUGUUACUUCAGUACAAUUCAA